UUGAGAUAACAACACUUAUAACAACGCGGUCAUACGUGUAUUCACCAGUAUGUGGCGGUAAUGUCCUCAACAAUACAUUUUCGAUCAGAUCCACCACAGAAUAAGUGGCAUACUGGGGAAGCGGACGUUAUUCGGUUUUUCUUCAUACGGUGGCAUACCCUAGUGUAUUCAGAGUUUUCUAACAGUAUGUAAUGAAAAUAACGGUACUUAUUAGACUACUGUUUAAUCUACAAAUCGCAUCGAUAAGUUUACCCCAGCAGUAAUUCAAUCUGAAUAUCAGCGUAAGCAACAGUCCUCCGAUCGGCUUGAAAGUCUACCUCUCGUACAUUCCAAAGCAUCUGGACUGACUUCAUGCUGUUUUGCUGUUACGUACUUGGUUGUUGUUGCAAGGGGAGCAGGGAAAUAUGAGUCUGAAGAGAGACAAGCUGUUGGAUGGCCUUGAGCAGAGUUUAUACACUCUGACGAAGGAACAUUUAAGUUACCUGUGCGUUCGUUGUGGAAUAGGCGCCAAGGAUGGUUUCCAUGGCGAAGGAAACAGUGAACGUGCGCUGCGGCGUCAGAUUAUGGAGGAAAUCUGGGAGAACGAGGAUUCAAAGACUUGGUUACAUCAGCUGAAAGAAAACAUCAGAGGAAUUCAGGAGGAUGACAGAUGUGUAGCCUUGAGCUCCACUACAUCAAGCAGUGAGGCUUCCAGUCCCAUCCAGUCUGACAGUGAUGAAGUAGAGGCUGCACUGCUAAGUGAAUCUGGGAAGCCUCGACAGUUGGAUGUUCCCCACCAAAUGUGCAACAGAAAAAAGCCUUACAGCUGUAAUCAGUGUGGAAAGACAUUCACUCAGUCAGGGAGCUUGGCAACUCAUCUGAGAACACACACUGGCGAGCAUUCUCACAGAUGUGAUGUAUGUGGGAAGACGUUUAAUGUGGCCUUCAAUCUAAUCCGGCACCAGCGAACACACACAGGAGAGAAACCAUACAGCUGUGAGGAGUGUGGGAAGAGCUUUGCUCAGUCCGGACUCUUGGCCAGCCACCGUCGUUCACAUACAGGAGAGAAACCAUAUGUUUGCACUCAGUGUGGGCAGAGUUUUGUCAAUUCAGGAUCCUUGGCAAAACACAAGCGAAAACAACACGUGGGAGAAAAACCCUACAGUUGUACAGACUGUGGAAAGAGUUUCUUUGAAUCACACACCCUGACUAACCAUAGGAGAACACACACAGGAGAGAAACCAUAUAGCUGUGACCUAUGUGGAAAGAGCUUUGCUCUUUCAGGUACCCUGAUUAAACACAAGCUAACUCAUACAGGAGAGAAACCAUACCGUUGUGUCCAGUGUGGGAAGAAUUUUCGUGAGUCAGGACGAUUGAAAGUUCACCAGAGAAUGCACACUGGAGAGAAGCCUUAUAGCUGUGAUCAGUGUGAGAGAAAAUUUGGUCAUUCACAACACCUGAAAGACCACUUGCGUACGCACACAGGAGAGAAACCUUUUAGUUGUGAUCAGUGUUAUAAAAGAUUCACUCAACCGCAACACCUGAAAUCACACAUGCGAACGCACACCGGAGAGAAACCUUUUUGCUGUGAUCUGUGCGAGAAAAGAUUUGCGCAUUCAGGGACACUGAAAGUGCACCAGAAAUCACACACAGGUGAAACAUAUCUAAAUCAAUCAUCUGUCUCUCCAACAGCGGUUCCAAGUAUGUCAAUUAAACCUGGACUGUCCGAUGUUCAAGAAUCCUCUACAAACUCUGAACAGUCCAAAGUUGCAGAUCCAUCUCCUUCACUGGUGUCAGUUCCAGAACCUUCUAUAAAUUCUGAACUGCCCAAAGUUCCUCAGCUGGAUGCUUCUAGGCCUACUCUAUUAUGAACCUGCAUUAAGGUUACUG